AUGAAUCCAAUGACGGCGUCCCGUGACGAGAAAGGACCCUCCGACAUCGUUCUCGUCGCAUCGACCACCCCUGCGGCCUCGGCGAGCCUGCACGAGAACCUGAAGGCCGGUCAAGCCGUCAGGAGUUGUGCGGCGGUCCACUUCGAGGGUCCGGCUCCCGUCUUCGGCGACAUCAGGAGCGUUCCGGCUGCCGUUCCGCCUCUGCCAAAUGCAGGAGGCGUGUUGGGCGGCCGUCCCUCCUUUGCCGCUCGACAAGGGGGGCGCGACUUCGUCUUUGAUUACGGGCUGGCCUUCCAACUGCGGCACGCGGACGCCUUCACUCGGAGUGGGUUUGGCUGUGCUUGCAUCGGCAGCACAUGCCAUGGGAAGAACCCGGUUUAUGUCCGAGGUAGGGAGCCGUUCGUCUGGGAGCGCAAGCGCAAUCGGGGUGGGGCGCUCAUUUGCCCGGGAGCUGGGGGGCAUCUCUUGUGCCUUCGCUGCGUGGAGGCCGAAUACGACGGAGGGCGGCCCUUUGUGACGGCAGAGACAGGUGGUCCCGUUGCCAAGGAGGACCUGUUCACCAAGUUCGAGGUCUUUCCUAAGCUUGGAGAGCUGCGGCAGGCGCAGUCGGGGGAGGCGGCGGGAGAAGGGGGGCAUCAAUUUUAUGUGCAGAGACGUGACCUCGCCCCGUGCCCAUACUGUACCGAGCUCAAGGGGACUUCGAGGCGCGGGGUGAAGAGGGCGCUUGAGGGGGGGUCGGCGCCAUCAGAGCUUGGCCCCAUGCCAGGCAUGCUACUGGAGCUCAAACGGAGUAAGGUCCCGCCGACAGCCGUUGCUCCUGGCCUCUUUCUGGUCCCGCUGAUUGGGGGCUCAGACAGGCGCCUUCUGGACAUCACAGUGACCGAGAGGGGGCUCGUGAACGCACCUCGGCUUGUGAGGAUUGACCACACGGGGAAGUUCCUGUGCGUGUGCGGACAGAGAGGGUGCCGAGACCACGAAAUGAGCUUCCUGGAGGAGACCCGUCGGCUGGACGGUUGGUGGCAGGGUGGGGUCGCAGACUUUGCGGCUUUUGAAGAGAGCCGGUCCUUUGUGCGAGAGGUCACGAGCGGCGUCUCGUGGGUCUUGCCAAUCGAUCAGAGCGGACGGGUUGGGGCGGUUCUCAGAGGGUCAGACGCGGCGGCGUGGCGCGGCGGGCGGCAGGUGCGAGUCUUU